AUGUCUAGCGCUACCACUACCCUAGACGACAUUAUAGACGAGCUCAGGCUCAAGUACGACUCGUCUGUUGGACUUUUGGAUGGUAAAGCCAUCCGAGAAAUUCCCAAUCUCAAUACACUUUAUAACUUGAGCAAGCUUCUAACGAAUCUUGGGAAGAAUUUGAAGGAUGCUGAAGAUAAGGAUGAGGUGCUUCUUGAGAAGGUAGAUGAGAAGCUCAGUAAUCUCCAGAAGGGAGAAGAGGAGGAAGAAGAGGAAGAGGAGGAAGAACCUAAAGAGAAAGAGGAUAAUGACGUUGAGGAUGAAAGUAUACCGUUGGCCAAGCGAAGAAAGCUUGAUAGUACGGUUAAGCUGAAGUCAGAUAAGGAGGAUGAAGAAGAAGAGCCAGAGGAGGGUAAGGAAGAUAGUGAUGAAGAAGACGAGGCGGAACUUAAGGAUGCUAAUGAUAAGUUUGAAAAUGAAGAGGAGAAUAUGGAGGAGAAACCUGCUUCUCCAGCUCCAGAGGACCCUGAGCGUGAAAGGGUUAAUUCUAAGGAUGAUCCAGUUCCUCCAGAACAAAAGGGUUCUUAUACUUAUGAAAACGAUACGAGAUUGAAGAACCCAAAAUCUGAGUUCGUGCCGUCGCAGACACUUUCAGCUGAUGCUAUUGCUGAACUUGGGCUUUUCUCGGAGGAUAAUAAUGGUCUUGAAACACAGGGUAAAGAGUACCUCAAACGCAAGUACGGUGUGGCUUCCUACCCUGAGAACGAUUUGAAAGAUUUGCUACCCGGAGAGAUUCCAAAUACGGAUUUCUCAAAGCACAAGGCUCCAUCUAAUCAGGUCCAGUUUACGACUUACCAGUCAUAUAUUGAAUCUUUCUUCCGUCCUUUCUCUAAUGACGAUAUCCACUUUGCCAAUGAAAAGUUUGUGCUUCCGCCUGGAUUUGAAAAGGGUGACUACGAUCCCGCAACAAGUCCUUAUUUAAUUCCUAAACUCGGUCCUUUCUACGCUGACGUCUGGGCCGAAGAAGAUGCUGCUUUACGUUCAAAGUUGAGUUCUCCGGCUCCACAAAAACCACCAUUAGAGUCUUACAAACCUAAGGGUAACCAGGACGAGGUGAGCGAUGAAAAACUUCUAACAGAAGAUGUAUCUGUUGGACCACUUUCAAGCAGAUUACUUUCAGCCAUUCUCAGUAUACAUGAGGCUAAGGAGCAAAAUGAGAGAGACGACGAGGACCCUGACUCCAGCGCCAUCAAGGAGGAGGAUAACCGAUCCGAAGUUAACAUGUCACUUGACGAUGACGUCGCUACUCAGCUAGAUAGCGAUGCUUAUAGAGUCACUUCAGACGUGAACGACUUCUAUUCCAUGGAGGAGAGACUUAAGCGUGAGCUCAAGUAUAUCGGUAUUUUUAUGAACUUACCAACAAAGGGAGAUAAGGCUAAGCGUGGAGGAAGCAUCAUUGAUAGUGAUGAUUGGCUUCUACACAAAGAGGACGACGAAGUGAGCGCCGAAAUUCGUGUUCUUCAGGAAGAACUCAAAGGUGCUGUCGUCAGAAACAGACAAAGGAAGAAGGUUCUCGUUCCUGUUAUUGAGGAACAGCUCGCCUACCAAGAAUAUUGUACUAUAUUGGAAGACUUGGACAACCAAGUUAACACUGCCUACACCAAGAGGCUCAAGGCCAAGAGCAGAAAGAAGAAGACACCAGAAUCUACAGUCAAUGUGGCUCAGCAGCAGGCUGCCAAUAGUGGUUUGAGAGCACUCUUAGAGAAGAGACGCAGAUGGAUCGAAUCCAUUGGCAGUUUGUUUAAGCCACCACAGUUGAUGAAGAGAGUUCCUAGUGAAUCCAUUUUCAAGGAUCAAGUGCACUCGGACGAUGAAGAAGGAGAUGCUGAAGUUGAUGUUGUAAACGAAGAGGAAGCCUAG